AUGGCAGCGUGGUCGCGGGAGGCCGUCCUCAGCCUGUACCGGGCUCUGCUGCGCCGGGGCCGGGCGCUGCGCUACACCGACCGCGACUUCUACCGGGCCGCCGUCCGCAGCGAGUUCCGCCGCCACCGCGGGCUGCAGCGGCCGGAGGACAGGGAGCGGCAGCUGGAGAAGGGGCAGGCUUUCCUGCGGAGCGGGCUGGGGGGGCUGCUCUAG